GCCAUCUUCCUGGUGAUUCCUGAAGCAGGAGAAUGGCUGUUGAUGAAUGCUAGACAUAACUAUCCAAAGGCUACCAGUCUGAUUGGGGUUGGGGAGGAUGGGAAUGGGAUGGCAUGACUUUGUAUCCUGUGCUAAAGAAAAAGCUUCAAAGUAACAUAGAUACUCAUUUAUGUUGUUUUUCCCCCCAGAGAUGAGGGUCUGACAAGGCCCACUCUGUUGGCUACAACAGCAUGUUUAUGCUGUGCCCUGCUGCUGGCACACAUGCAGACAGAGAAGUAUUGCCAGGGCAGGAAUACCAGUUCUGUGUAUAAAGAGAACUGCGACAAAACCAGCUCAAAGUAAUGCUCCCUCUUUAUUUUCCAUACUUUCCCCCCGCCCUCGGUUCCCUUCCUCUGCUUCCCAAGAUUGUACUUAACGGUAAGGCUCUUGGGUCUCUUGUAAGAGCCUUCUUUGUGGAGCUCACCUGAUGUCACACACCACAGACAAACAACCUGGAGAGGUGGGCUGUGGGGUGACUGGUGGGCUGUGGCAACAGGAGAUGACCCUGUGGCAGUGAGACUGAACUGUGCGGGUAUGAUCCCUACCCCUAAGACUUGAGAAUUCCCUUCUGUUGACUGCAGACAUGGUCCUCCUCUGCUCCACUGCUGAUGGGUGUUCCAGUGUCCAAGUGGAGAAUCCAGAUUACUAUUUUUCCCCUUUUGAAUAAGAACGUCUUUACUGAACUCAAGGCAUAAACUCAGUUGCUUUGGCACUGAGGCUUUUGGAAUGUUUCUGCAAGCAGAGCUUUUGAUAAUUGGCUGGUGUGUUUUUCAAAACACAACUGUUUUGUUAUCUGCCUUCUCUGAAAAUGGAGUCCAAGUCUGUCAGGCAAUCAGAAUGAAUUUUUGCAGCUGCCAAAGCAGAACUGUCAAAUGCUUUUACACCCUUUCUGGCUUAAACCAGGGGAGAGGAUUGAUUUAAAACAGGCAGUAGAAGGUGCUUUAUGGAGAGGGCAGGUUGUGGGUGAGUUGCAGCAGAAUGCUGCUUGUGUGUUUGCACUAGUGCAGGUAAGCAUGGUCUGAAAAUUACUUGCCUAAUCUGAAAUGCUGUUAACUUAUUAUUUACGUCUUUAUUUAAGAACAGGCUGAGCGUAUGAACAACAUCAAAUUCUCAGGCACAGGUCAGAUGCUUGGAAAAAUGCAUUUCUGUGAAUUUGCGGCCAAAAGAUUUAGUGGCAUUAGAAAGCUUAAAUAUGUAGAGUGGGAAUAUUUACAGCUCUGCUGUCAAAGAUAAAAAUGUACAAAAGCAAUUAAUCCUAUCUUCCAGGGCAUUCCCAAGUAGUCCUGUCUUGCAGUCCUCCCCCCAUACAUCUCCCACAGAGUCCCAGUGAAUGACUGGGGACGCAGAUACUCCUGGAUAAGAUAUUUAAAGUUCCCAAAAAGUUCUUUAGUGAGGUGUUGGAGUUUUUCAGGGGUUCAACCCCAUCUCCCUGAAGUCCCAUGGUGCCAGAUGGCUGGUUUGUACUCUGAGCAGUAGGCACUAGGCUUCCUCAUGGAUCCGAGGUCUGUGCCAGACUGGUAUUAAUUUGUUGCUUCUUCCAUGCUAUAUAUUUUAUUAUAUGUAGCAAUAGAAGCAUUGGAAGGUGGAGUUUUGUGAAUGUGGUUUCCCGGUGAUGAAGCCAGUAAAACCAGCUUUGCAUGAAGGAUAUGUCUCCUUAGAGGGAUUUGAUUUCCAUGCUGAAAUAUUUUGAUUAAACAAUGCAAAACUAGCUGUGGCAGGCUACAUGCUUGCUUUUGGCUUGUGUGCUCAGACAAGAGUCACACCUGCGGUCCUUUGAAAGACAAAAGAGGUGAGGCCAACGUUUUCUGAGGACCAAUGUGUCCCACAAGUUUUGGUCACAGGUAGUGGAGACGCUGAUGAUGAGGAGCUGUGAGAGCUGAAUUCCAGAAUACCAGAUUGCUUACUGGUUCUCCAGCUGAACCUUCACCUCCUGUUUUCACCUGCAAAAUUGGUCAAUUUGAUAAUGUAAACAUGAUGCACAGGAGCAGAACAAGGCAGGUGCUUUGUCUCUAUGUGUCCUUCAGCCUGAGCUUGUCCCCUGAGGUGCACUUGCAGGAUGAUAGGGGACCACUGGGGUAGGAAAGGGGUGUUAGGGGUCUCUUGUCUGGUUAUGGGGACAGUCUUGUCUGAUUAUGUCUGUCUUUACCUCUUCCUACUAAGGAAACAAAAGGGUGUUUUGGACACGGUGUGUGAGGGAGGACUUAAAGAAAUUUUUUUGUCAGUCUCAAUGAACUCCUAAAACAUUCUGUGGUAAACAGCUUCACAGAUCUCUUAAAUGCAAAAAGCAACUCAGAAUUUAUUUUGAACUUUCUGGGGCAUUGCUGUAAAAAUAAAUACCUAAGUUAAUGACUCAUUGUUUUUACAGUUGUAAUUUUGGUCAUUCUCAAAUGCUAGUAGACUUUCAAAGCAAAAACGCUGACCCUCUGCCUUAGUAUCUCGUUAGUUUUCUGGUCUUGACAUGACCUUAUGUUCCUUGUGCUAAUCUUCCUGUCCUCUAGAGGGAGAAGUAAGUUCUUGCUCAGAGUGUGUUGGAAAGUGUUAAGGCUCCCUUAAUAUGUGAAAAGUGCUGUUGAUGUUUCAAUUCUCUGCAUAACUUUCUAUAAAUUUUGAUGGAUUUGCACAUGCACCUACAACUUUUAUUUGUUUGGGGUUUUUUCUCUCGAAUCUGUAGUUCUUGGACAAAGUUUUAUAGUUCGAGGUCAUGGGGGCAUAAUUUGUUCUGGGCCAGGCCGGGCCUGCAGCAGUGGUAUUAAUGCUGGGUUUAGGAAGAGGUUCUAGAUGGCACUUGACAAACACUGAGGAGACUUCUUUCCCCUUGUACAUAUGAAGGCUCAUGGUGAGAAUCUAAAAAAUGCUAAGGGGGUACUUCUUCAGAUGUCCAAAUUCACAAGCAUAAACACCCAUCUUUUGUGUAAUGCAAUGUUUAGCAAUUGUUUUGCCACAAUCACUAGCCCUGAAAACAGUUCAAGUUGCUCUUUUUUUCUUCCUUUCCCCACCACCCCAACAUGGUUGUUUAUUUUCAAAGGACUGACAUAAGAACAAACUUGGCCCUUCUUCCUGACAUGCAACAGCCUGCCUCCAACCUCUGCAGACUGUGUGGAACUGCAAGCUCUCCUGAGACACGAUGUGAAUGCUAGACCUAGCCUACAGUAGUGGGUUCAAGGCUAUCUCUCUGAUCUAGCCCAGAGAUCCAUGUCUGCUUUGGAGCUUGCAAAGGCCACGAGGCUGGGACUUGCAGUUGGAAGGUAUUGCUUGGGGUUUUGUGCAUUUAUAGUUUCUUUUUUUUUUUUUUUCCUUAAAAAAAAGCAAACAGCAGGCUAUGGUUCCAGCAGGUUGCUGCAGAGCAGGAUGCAAGAUGAACAGUAACCCUUCUCCUGGCAUUAGUGCUGGGUAAGGCCUGGCAUUAGGGCUAGUGAUGGGGACAUGAAAGUUUGAUCCAUAGCUAUCUUCUGGAGAUCCAGAGUAUUUAAUUGGCAUUCCUGCUCUUAAGCAUUAUUUUAAUCCCUUUACCUACUCUGAGCCUCAACCCUUGAAGCCUGACAUGAGCCCUGUGCUCUGGGAUGUCACUCCCCUCCCACGCUCAGUCAGGGCUGCUUUUCUGUAGCUGACUGCAGCCCCCCACACAUCAGGGCCUGAGGACAGAUUUAGUUCUUUCAGUCUGGAGUGCUAGCCCCAGCUCCAACUCUAGCCUUACCCUGAAACAGGAAAGUCCUGUAUUCCCCAGACAUCAUUCUGGGUUGUAUGAUCAGCACCAGCUGCCAUCCCAAUCUGCUGGCACCUAAACAAGCAAGAAACAAAGCUGGUUCUGCAGCCCCUUCACUCCAUAAUCUAAACCGGUGAUCAGACAGAGCCAGCAGCUUGCCAAGCUGGUACUGUCCAGAAUCAGCCUAGCUUGGUGGUACUUCUAGGAUCCAGAAAUGAAAUUAUCUGUGCAUUCCUCUCUGUCCCAUCCUGGGACUCAGGAUGGGCAGCUCUGUAAAGUCUGAGUGGAUGUUUGUACUAUAAAAAAUGAUGCUGAAUUCUGAGCGGGGAGAUAUUGCCUGUCUGCCACCAGCACUUCGGUUAGGGGUGUGGGCAGCAGCUCCGAAAAGGUGAUAUCUUUCUGAAUUCUUCACUGUGCAGAUUGAUGUUUGUACGGUAUGUAAGUUACGGUCAUCAUGUUGGUAAGGUUGCUGUUAACCUACAAAUAGUCAAAGCAGGUUGGAGUCAAGGUUUGGAGAGGUAGGGCUGGGUAAGCAGGCUUCUCACUAGAUCUAGUGAGGAUUGAGUGUCAAAUUGAGGUCAGAUGUGUUGAGUUGUUUGGCAUAAGGUUUGCUCUGAGGUGGUAAGAGGACCGGUUUUUGUCCACAUACCAGGGUUCGAUUUGGGAUGUCCAGAGCCCAGAGAACUGCAAGUUGGCAGGAUGAGAUGAAGGCUAGUGCUGACUAGAAAUGGGGAACAGAGGGCUUCCUGGUUGUUGCUGUUUAAAAGAAAAAGUUUGUGUUCUUGAUAUAAAGUGUUGCUUUUCAUACUUUUAUACUUCUGAUUAGAGAAGAAACUUGAGGAAUUGUUUGUCCUCUGUUCUUGUCAGGUUUCUCAUUCCGUGGUCCUCAGAAAGGCAUGAGCCUGUGGAGAGUUAAGUGUGCAUUUGUUGCAGAGCAUUGUGUCUCUUUGGGCUACAAACAGGCCUUUUUGUGGACUUGAGAACUACCACCGUGCAUGGUAGACCUCAGAUCUGACAGAUACUUGGGCCCUUGAGGAAAUGUAAGGGGGUAGUACCGUACAUGUAUGAAACAACUUGCUUUAAACAACUUACUUUGCUCUAAUAGUGGUGGAUACAGGAAAUAGUUGGUCUUUUGGUGGUAGCUCAAGUGCUGGAGCAGCAGGCUGGGUAGCCAAAGCUUGAGGGGAAAGAGCAGUUAAGCAGGAGGAGAAGGGGUUGCCACUUUGUUGUUCUCCAUCCCCUUUUGCACUGUUGCUUGUUCUGGACGUUGUCACUGAUAUAUCCACCAUGAUCUGAGUGCUUUCCAGUCCCCCUGCCUUAUUGGUCCAACCUGACUUAAGCUCCUCACCUUUACCAUGGAGUACACACCACAACUACAUUUGGGGAAAAACAAAGAAACAGCAGGGAGAGCUGGAGACUCUUUUCAGGGCAGUUUUGACUUGUUUGAAAAGCCACUCCCUGUGGGGGUAUGUGGUUGAGGUGGCAGAUUUGCAGGGACUUGCCUCCAUGACAUCAGGCAUAUUGGUGCAGCACAGAGUACGUAUCAUUAUUAGGGAUGGGUAGGGACCAGACCAAGGGCUCAAUCUUGCUAAAGGCUCAACUCCUGCUGCAGCUGAUGGGAGUUGUACUUUAAGGCUGGCUUCGAAUGGGGCUGAGGAGUUUUCAGCUGAAGGAGACACAGGGUUUCUUGGUCGUGUCAUGUUUUUGAUGUACUAGCACAUUAGUGUUGAUGCAGUAGAAGAAAGUGAGUGGUUCCUCCAAAGUUGUUUUUAAAGCAUUUAAAAGAACUGUUCCAAACAAUCAGUUGUGUGCUUUUUUCUUUUUCCUGAGCUUCUAAGAAUUACUACUUAUAUCCCUGAAAAAACUGAAAAAUAACAAAAUACUCUAUUUGUAAUGAUCUCUUUUCAACCAUCCAAAGUGAUUGCAUUAAGAUGUAAUUCAACAUUUUACACAUGUUAGGUGGUGGAGAGAAAAGCCAGUCCUGCUCUUUUCCCAGUGUUGAACAAGCUUCAGCCUGCAAUGGAAGUUGUUUAUUUAUUUGAGAGAGAAAAAAGAAGGACAAAAUUUGUUAUUGCGUAAAGGAGUCAAAAACCAAUUUGAACUUGCCUUCAGCGCUGGCUUUCCAAGUACUUCAAUAUAAAACUUUCCCAAGAUCCUGGUAAGUCCCUGUCAAACAUGUUUUAUGGAAUAUUUCCUCUCCCACAGGUGAACCAGGAACACUUUCUUGUCAUUUUUUUCAUUUGGAGAAACCAGUAACAAUGCCCACAGUUGCUACUGCAAAGAGAUUUCCGCUUAAGUGAACAGAAAUGAGAUGUAGGCUUUCUGCGACCAGCCAGGCCCUUUUAUGGGAAGCCCAUCAAUUACACUAAGUACUCUGUGGCUGCCUAUGGGUUUUGCUGUGCAGAAUUAAAGGAUUUUUUGUGUGUUUGUAUGGGAUUAACAAUGUUGGUGCUGUUUCCAUUGCUCAGUGUAUUGUUCUGGGAGAUGUUUAAUGAGUGCAAUUUAUUGACGAUCAGUGAGGCCGGGUGAUGCAAUGUUCUGGCUGGGGUGGUGAAGUGUUGGAAAUGGGAGCUGAGAGUAAUUAAAUCAGUUUGGUGUCAAGGCUUAAAUAAAAAUGAAGUGUGUUUUGAUCAAGUCUUGAAGGUAGCUGUUACGACUAAAGCAGCCAGGAGAACCUGUGGUUGUGUACUGAAAGGAAAGGGGACAAAUGAGGGAGAAAAAUAAAAUGAUGCAACUGAAAUCCUUCAACAUGUGGCACAGAUUGCAUACAGCCAUCCACUGGUGUGUGCUGUGCUGUCAGCCAUGCAUGCCUUUGGGGUGUCAGUGCACCUUGAGCCAGCUCUCACAGUUACAUUAGCCAGGGCCGGGAAGGGAUGUAAGCUCCCAGACCAGCACAGCAGCUCUUGGAAAAGCCUCCAGUGGGUCAUCUCUUCUGGGAGUUUGCUUUUUACACAAGGGACAGUGCAGGCAAAAGACACAAAUAUUCGUGUGGGAAGGAAGGCACGACAAAACUGUAGCUUGUUAGGAGUGGUUUUACUUCCAGGGUAGCUGUAGCCUCGCAUCUCUGAGUGACUCCUGGGCUAUUGGAUUUGGUAGCAUUCAUCAAAGUGCACAAGACAAGAUGAUUGAACUUCUUGUGCUUUGGAGAUGAGGCUGUGAUGUCCAUCCAUCUUGUAUUCCAGUUUGGCUGGGGACUGUAGUACCAUGUAGAUAAGUCUAAGAGAAAAGGCUGCAGAGCUCUUUCAGCCUUUCUCAACAGGAAGACCAAAAACCUGAAUGAAGCAAAUGGCUCGAUGGGCAUGGGUGAGCAGCUACACAGCUCUGGCCUACCAGGGAGUUUUUUUACAGACUAUUUACGGACCAGUUUGGCAGUUGUCAGCAUUUGUGGGAGAGGUGAGUGUAAAGGAGUGGUUUAAAGGAGGAUGGAUAUCUAGCGUGACACCUGGAAUUCCUCUCAUUUGUAAGAGGAGGAUGAGCAACCUUUGUGGGCAGGAGAUGGACAGCAGGGGAUGUACUGUUUCCAUUUCAAAAGGAGGAUUCCUCUGCAUCCCUCUUGCAAGUUACAGUGAAACCAUUCCAAAUGCUACGGGCCAAAUUUUUAUUCUCAGUUACACCCAUGCAACCUUACUGAAGUCAGCAAUUGUCUGUUUUGCAACCAUUGCCUGAUGCAAUAACUUGAGGGUUAUGUAUCUUACGGGUUCAAGAUGUGCUUGCAUUCCCAGCAUUGUGACAGUGAAUAACGCUGGACAUGGAAUUGCUGUUGCCUGAGUAAUUGCUGAAGAAUAACUGAGGUCAGUAGUGUUGCAUGGUUGUAACUAACUGCACAGGGCAGAGAACACUCGUGCGGUAUCUGGGAGUUCAUUGGGACCCAGGAGAGACCGACCCAUCUCUCCCUCCAGCUGGAAUGCCACUUUCCCACAUCAGGCACUCCCUUCAGUAAUUAUACCCUUUUUAGACUCACCCUUUAGCAAUUACUUGCCUAAGCCCUGCCUCAAACUGACAUCAUUGGAAAGUCCAAUAAAAAUACGGCAAGCUUUCAAACCAUCCCAGGAAAGCAGAACGCUGUAUUAUUAGCAGUAUUUCAAUGUAGGUGCUUUGUGAUGAUUUUCUUAACCUUAUCUCUUAAUAGGAAGAGUUUGAGUUCCCUCACAGCAAACAGCCUCAAGGGUCAGCGAAGUCCCUGUCUCAUCUUCAGUGACGUACUGGCCUGAAAGGGCUCCAUAUCGGUUCCUUUCUUUUUCUUCUUCUUCUUCAGAAGGUACUGAAGACCUUCUUCUGGAAGACCCAAUCUUAAGCUUCUCAGACCUCAAAAUAUUGGCCAUUACUAAGUCAGUAGUUGCCUUGGUGCUUGUUUUUCAAAGUAUUUCUAAGUUCCUCUUCCUUUCUGUUUUGGUUUUGUUUUGUUUUGUUUUGUUUUUUUAAUUUUAUUUUCAAGUUGACCACUUAUUUGAAAACACAAAGGCAUAUUCAGGACUUGUACUUGCUCUGGGAGAGAGGGAGGCAACAGUAGCUUUCUUUACUUUUUAAAUGAAAUUUUUUUUGGAGGGAGGGUGUAAUAAAAUUCAAAUUAUUCCAUGGAUUGGAUCCUCUAUAAGGACAUAAGAAGUUAUCACUAUUUUUGUUACAGGUAAAGCUGAAAAGUUGAACCUGAAUCAGAGCAAAUAGUUGAGAGUUUUGAGGGUUUUUUCCAUUAUGGUCCUGUCUGAACUGGCAUACAGCUCAUCCGAAUGACAUCAGAUUUUUGGGGGGGUUGGUUUUUUUAAUUCUUGGUUUGCAUGGGAACAGUACUCCAGAAAAGAAUUUUCCAAACAAAUAAUAAGAAAGGAAACUAUGUGCAGAAAAAGUCAUGGAAGCUAAUUGGAAAUUUUGCAGGGAACGAUUCCUGCUCUGUAACACCUGAUGAUGGAAGCAUGAGGCUUUGCAAUUGUAAACAGAUUUUCUUUCCGCCCUGCUUGGCAGUCGCCUUCAUUUUUUGGGUGUAACCCUUUCAUGUACCCAGCUGCACUCCCCAUUCCCACAGCUAGGCAUGCUGGGUAAACCUUUUGAUCUCACCUUCUAGCCCUUUGCUUGCUUGCAUUGUGUUUAUUACAACUUUUUCAACUCCUCCGGACCAGGGCGUGAUGGAUGAUCCUGGAGGAUCUGCCCUCUAGAUCUCUGUGAUUGUACUGAGUUGAUGGUUUCUCCCUGACAGGUGCAGGCAUGUUGAUUUAAAACCAAAACAAAACAAAAAUCUUUUUAGUAAAGCGAAACCUACCUGGUGUUAACUCCUUCCUCUGCAGUUGUACUCAGGGCAGGAGCGCGGAGGCUUUACUUGGCUUCCACUUCUGCCUCUGACACCACCAUCUCUUUGAAUUGCAAAUGCCUCACGUUGUAUUGGCUCUUGUCAUUUGGUACCAGCAGUGGCUGUUCCUCCAGAAGUAGGAUGCAGCAACCCCUAAGAGCGCUGUAGCUCUUAGCAAUGUGCUUCUACUUUUCCAUUGUUCUCUGUGGGUUGUUUUGACUUGGUUUUCUGUGGUACUGACCCACUGGCCAUGGAAGUCGAGGGGCUUCUCCCAAAGCUUGCAGCAGGCUCUGGGGAGUUGUCAAAUCAAACCCUAUACUCAUGGCAGAGUGAAAGCCCCUGUUAACAUAUAUCUCUGUGCUGUGCCCUGAUUGAUGCCACACUGUUCAAAAAGGUACUGCUUGUCUUCCCAGCAGCUCCCCUCCCUCUGAACUACAGUGGUAUUUGCAGUUGCUGGGCAUGUUUACAAAACAAAAUAAGUAAAAACAACUGUUUGACUUCCCGCCCCCUGUGUUUUAAAUAUUUUAAAAACCAGUUAUGGACCUCAGGCUCUUGUUUGGAGGUUGUAGCAUCACUGAGCUCAGCAUGAGCAGACGCUUCUGAAAGAUGUGAAAUGCUUUCAUUCCCUGCAUUUGGUAUUAAAGAAACCUCUUGAUUUCUGAAGUGCUACACAUGUACUCCUAUCAGGUCCAGGGAAAUGCAAGAAUAGUGGCACACAGGACACUUUGAUAUCAGGGAGACCCAAGCACCUUUCCCAUUAGCUCUGUGCAGGUGUAUUGACAAAACUUUAGUUGUCUGUUGUAAGAGAACAUGAAGCCAAUUGUCUUUAUAUAAUUUGUUAAGCAAUAUCGAAAAGCACAUUUUAAAAAAUAAUAUAUUAUCUUGAAUGCUUAUGCAACUUGGAGUGAGGUGCUUUUUGCAUUUUUUGGGUGUGCAUGCGUCACUUCAAGCUGAUCCUUUCAAAAACCAUAUUGUGGAUUUUUCUUUAAUAAUGGAGGAGAAAACCAAGUCACGUCCCCAGUCCACCAUUUGAUGCCUGAGGAGUUUGGAUUGAAUCGUACAUUGAAGGAACAUGAUAUACAAAGCACAUGCAUCAGCUCAGCUACUUUUUAAUCUGUUCCUUGAUUUGUCCACACUCAGCAGCUUUUUUUUUGGCUGCAAGAGAAAGCCAGUGCAGUGCUUCAGGCAAAGGCGUCACCCAAGCUACCUUAGUUGAUGAAACUAAAGUUGCUUCCUGAGCGUUACUGUCCUGUACAUUGUUGGAUGAGCUGGCUCUGCAUCUGUGGCCAAUUUGGAUGUCUGCAAGUGAUUUACUGUGCUCUGAAAUACAGCUGCUUCAUGUACAGCAUCUGAUCUGGGACCACCACUGGGAGCCGUCCUUCCUGAAAGUGAGGGAGAGAUUAAAGCCAGCUGAAGAAAAAAGGGGUUAUUUUUAUGGUCCCUCAUGAUAUUUUUUUUUCAUUAAUUCUUUUCAUAAAAGAUGGAAAACUCUAAUUCUCCAGCUGAUCUCAGCUCCAGUUUUUACGAGUGGUUUCUUCUUGGUAGUGAGCUAUUGGGAGAGGGCAGGAAGGCUCACAGAGCCUGUGCAAGGGAUUUCAAAAUAGGAGUUAAACCAAAACAAAAUAUUUUUGUGAGUGCUCAGGACUGAAGAAUUAGCAGGGGAAGUUCAUUGAUGAUUUGAAGACAGCAGUCCUUCAAGGUCUUGUGAAUGGGUGAAACCCCACAGGGACAAGCUGAGAAACAGUGAUAUUACAGCAGGGAUCCCAUCUUAUUUUUCUCUUAUUUUCUCAUAGUUAUCUGAGGUAUACUGACCACCUAUCAGAAAGGUUUACUGUCAUCAUGUUUGUUGGCAGCAAGGGGUGUGUCAUGUAGGUACAUGCGAAAAUAUUUGGCAUGAAUAUUAUCAAUAUUCCCUGAAAUGUUACUUAGCCAGUGCUUGGAUAGCAGUACUUGAUACAGUCUACAUACAACCUGUGUCACAGGAAAAAGUAUGGCCCGUCAAGUAGGAAUGUGGGAAUUAAUACAGGGAUUAAUACAAAUUUUCCUUACACAGACCUUGUGCUGAUUUGCAGUGAGGUAUAAAAUGACUGUCAUCAAAGAGGUUGAUCAGAAAAAAGUCAAUACAAAACGAGGUCAGAAAAUAUCAUGUUUCUUACUUUUCAUGAAAACAGAUGGUAUUUUCCCAACUUCUGAGUCUCUGUAAGAAAAAAACAACAACUAUUUUUCAUCUCUUUCAGUGAAAAUUGUCCUGUGUAAAAAUGUGCCAUAAAUGUCUUUCUUCCAACCACAAUUUAUUAAUGUAAACCUCAUGAAUCUACUAUGUAGGACAUAUCCAGCUUUGACUAUUUAGACAAUUUAAAAAAAAAAUCCCUUUUGAUAUUUAUUCUGGCUCAGAAGUGAAGAUAAUAUAAAUAAUGUUAACAUGUUUACAAAACUGAACGGUGCUGGCACAAAUAUGGAAGCAUCGUGUAAGAGAAAAUCACACGCAAAUGUGCAGCACUUAGCAUGACAGUCUUAACAUUUUUGAAAGAAAUUAAUAUAUUUCUUAGUUAUUUCCUUUCCAAAUUAGUGCAUGAGGAGCUGUCCCACAAUAAUAUAUCUGACCUGACAAUGACUUUGUGGGCACGCGCUUAAGGUUGAGAUGUGUGUUUGCAAACUCUCAGUUGGGGGAGGGAGUGCAUGGAACAAAUGGAUCUGUCUCUUGAAUAUUUCUUGGGCAUCGGUGUGUAUCUGACCUUUCCUGAAUCUGAUGAACUUUCCAUGCCAGAAGAGCCUGUAUUCCACAUGUGGACAUUGUGCAGCCACUAAGAAAAAGGACAUUCCUCAAGCAAGCAUGGAAGUGUAUUUCCUCUGCAGUUCUGUGUCUGGUACCCCUUAGUGGCUGCUGUUAGGGGUUGAACAACAGGUUAGCCUGAAGGCUGAAUGUCUCCAAGACCAAGAAGGGUCAGGUUUCUGCUGGAAGAGGCUGUGCUGCAGAUUGCCUGGUACCCCUCUGCUUGUCUGGUUAGUUGUUUGCUCUCUGGGGAAGGGGUGGGACUGGGAAAUCAGUUAAUACUGACAGUGAAUGAUUGGACCAGACUUCACUUCAGUCACAGGGAAGCAAUGCUCACCAGUGGCAAGUGCAGCACCAGCAAAUGUGUCAGGCACUCAAACAACUGGUCUGCUGGGAGAAUGAAGCCUUCAGGAGCAAUACGAUGACUUCUGUGGAGAGCCUCACUGAACUGGGAGAUGAUGUGAUGCUGAAGUCAGCAUUUGGGUGGAGUAUAAAUCCUAAUUUUUAUAGAUACUCGGGUGGAUUUGUUGUCCCAUGUGUCCAUUACACCCAUAAAUACCUGCAUGGUAUAAUUACUGGAAAAGCAAAGUCAGUUAAAGGGAAAAUUAUAGAAAGUUAUAGUAGGACAAGAAGCUUUCACUAAUUGCUAUGAGGGAUGCCAUCCCUGGGGUAAAGCAAAGUGAAUGCAGAAGCAUGGCUAUGAAGGGAAGUCAUCAGCAGUGUCUCGCCUCAGCCUGUGCUGUUCAAUGUACCUGUAAAUGACCAGGGAGAGGGCAAGAGAAAACCUGGGGGUGAUUCUGAUAGAUAGGUAGACAGACAGACAGACAGACAGCUAGCUAGCUGCUGGAGGCUGCCACCAAUACCUGUGAUAGUAAGGAGAAAGGGGACAUGUUCCUGUAGCUCAUUCCUGUCUGUGCUCUUUCAUGAGGCUCUGUGUAACCACAGCAGCUGGUUUUGCUCUAGUAAGAGCAUAGCAGAUAGGAAGAGCAAGACAUUGCAGUACUUGUUCCUUCAUUUAUAAAUUUAAUAGUACUAUUUCUUGCAUUGUAGAGAGGCUUAAGAAAUUUUGAGGGGCCCUUGGGCUGUAGGAGCCUCUUUGCAGAAGAGGACAGGAGCUUAAUAGGUGUGUGAUAAGCAAAAGUUGGCGGGAGGAAGAAGUAUUAUGGCUACCCCAUGCUGCUAUGUGAGAUCACGUUGUGGUUCACCUGGAGCUGGGUGGGAGCUGGCACACAGAGUGCCUCAUGGAGGAAUUACUCAGCAUCUUCCCCAGCCAGAGAAGGCUUUCAAAUAAGAAAACUGGAUGAAAUAAAUAAAUCCAGGAGGCUCAAGCAUCUGCUGGAAACUACUCCUUGCCUCUUUGUUCCAUGGGAGAAAGGAGGUGAGAGGUAAGAGUAGGACCAGGCUCAUAGAGGCAGCAUCCUGAAGGAUCGAUUUUACACACAACUGUGGGUAUGGGUCACAGUCACGGGCCUUGCAGCAGAAAGGACUGGACUCUUCCAGCAUCCCCUGGAGACACCGUGCUUCCUCAUUCAUUCUCGAGAUGGAAGAUAGUGCUGCUUUAACUUGGGCCAGCCAAGAGUGUAGCAGGUCAGGACUGGUUGUAAAACGAUGUAUUCAUCCAUACAGAAAUGCAACAUACUAGUGAAAAUAAUCUUGUAACAGAAAUUCAUCUGGCAGCUUAGGAAGAAAAAUCUUACUGGGCAUUGCAGUGAUGGUGUAGGUUUUCUCUCCUUCCCCCUUUUACCUGCUGUGUCACUUGUGAUCUCUGCAGGCAAGGGACAAUGUUGUGAUCUGUCUGCGACAUAAAAGAUGUUAUUCAGUGCUCAUUAUCAGUAUUGUUUGCUUGGAUUAUAUUGUCUUUUGAGGUUGAAUACACAAUGUAUUAAAAAGCACACAGUAAUAAAAGGUAACAAAUAGUGAAACUACAAAUAUAUUUUGGCCCACUCCUCAACUGCUGUAAAUUAUGCUGUAUGCACUGAAAGCUCCUGAUAAAGUACUGCCUUGUUACAUGGCAUAGUAAAAUAUGUUUAUGCAGGUUUAGGAAGAGACAUUAAUAAAACUAAGACCAUGUGACAGGCCAUUUGAUAAAGUGGCUUAAAAUAAAAAGCUUUCAACAGAGGUAUUCGGCAGGAUGGGUUUAUGAGCUCUCCUCUGCAAAACAGGAAGCUUUGCAGGCUUCCUCCCCAUGGGUCCCUGGGGCUGCCUGCAGAGUGAGUCUCCAAAUUUUUGAGGGCUAGAGCAUGGUCAGAGGUAAGGCAGGAUUAAAACCAGAGCUUGUCUGAGAACCGUGUUAAAGGAUGACAUUUGGCAUGGGCAGGAGGAAGCAACACUUAAUGUCAUUAAAUACUACACACCAACUGUGUUGCUUCACGUAGCACACCUUGGCAUUGGUUACGGGGCAUGAAUUGGGCAGUGAGUCCUUCCCUGAGCUUCUUACCUUUCUUCCUUGUCCUGGUAUGCUAAUGAAAGCCCUGGCCCAGCUCUUUCAUCUUGUCCCAGGUUUUCCUUUGUUGAUGUGGAAAAGGAGCGGGGGAGGGGGCCUGGACUGCAGAAUAAGAGAUAAAGGAAGUUUGUUUUCGGCUGAGUCAGAGGACAGUCAGAUGAAGAGUUUUCUUUGUAACUUAAUAGCUGCAUUAAUCACUAGGACUGCAGCUACUCCCACUGAUGGCUAGAAAAGGGCCUUGGUUUCUUACAACUUUGGUGAUACCAAUGAGUUCUCUGCAAAAGUGCUCUCCUAGCAGGUGCAAUUAGAGUACUUUAAUAGGCAUGCAAGAUGUGGAAAGAUUUUAAAUUGUCUUGCAUUAAACAGCAUAACCUCAGCAGGAAAAAUCUCUUUAUGUAUUUUUAGAUUAAAUGAAAUUAUUCAGUAUAGUAUUACUGUAAUCAGAGCAUCCCUGGGCAACUGGCUAAGAGUAGCUGUUUCUUUAAAGGAAAUAAGGUCUGGACUUGGCAGUGUUACUGUUCAUUGUUGGACUUGGUGAUCUAAGAGGUCCUUUACAAGCUAAAUGUUUCUGUCAUUCUAUGAUAAUGCUAAUGCCUUAUCACAUUGCAUAUACUAACAUGGAGCUUAACGAGAAGCAAUCAGUUUGGUAUGGCCUGGAUGAAAUAAUGGGUUGAAUUUACAGAAGCCUUUGUCUAUGUUUAAACACAAGUGCGUCAGGGUAAUGCAAAUUUCUCCGUUUUCCUUUAAGGAAGGGAGAGGUAAGAUUUCCUUGAGGAACAGUUUAUUCCAGAGAAAGGAAGUUCAGCACUUUACUCACUGGAUUUUGGCAGGUGCCUGUCACUGAAGAUUUUUGAGCUCCUAACUUUCAGCUGGAUCCAUAUCCCUUGGUGCCAAGCAAAGCUUUUCUAAAGUAUCCACCUGAAAAACUAUAAAUCCCAAUGAAAACGAAUGGAACUGGCUAAGGCAUCUUUGGAAUGGUAACAAGGUGGAGGAACUAAAGCGACAGAUUAUUAAUGUGUCUGAAUGAAAAUAGUACAAGAAUGGGGGAAAGUGGGCUAGGAGAUUACAAACCCCUGAAUUACUUACUUCAGUCCUACUCUUCUUGUCAAUACUGCCGUCUUUAGACCCCCAAGUGCUGAAUUGUCCCAGUUUAUUUUUGUGUGGGCGGGCUCAGCCUCUGCCGUGAGCAGGGACACGUUCAGUGCCUCUAGAAUCAGUGACUUUACUUCCCCCGCCCCUCGGCAUCUCCUGUCAGUGCCUGCAUAGGUAGCAGGUUGCAGCAGCAGUGUCAGCGGCUCCCCAGUCCGACCCUCCCUCACCCUCUUUGUCCGGAGCUUACCCUCUCCUACCUGGCCACACUGACAGUUCCCACCUAAAAAAGCCUAAAGGCUUUUCUUUCUGCCCUGUGUUUACUGGAGCUACGUAAUGUCUACAGUAUGCACAGCACAUAGGCUUCAGUUUCUAUUUAUCUGUUUGGCUAGACCACAUGAGUUUUUACAUCCCCCUGUAAAAGUUACAUCUUCUCAAUCUCCCUAAGUCUCACAGAUGAAUACAUGCAAUCCCACCCACUCCCAGCACCACACUGGCAGUGCAGGCAUUGCUCCUAUCCAGCUGUUGCUGCAGGGUCUGUUUUAUGCCACCAUAGGCUUUUUUUUUUUUUUUUUCUUCCCCACCUCUCUCUCUCUCUCUCCUUUUUUGUUGCUGGCACUGUGAUUGCCAACCUGGCCAGUCAUUUUCAGUCCAGAAGGCAACUGAGUACUGGGGAGGAGCUGGAGGGUGUGCAGACAGAGAGUAGCAUGCAUUUCUGGCUCUCUGGUGCAACACUGUGGCAGGGCAGACCUGUAGCUGCCAAGGGCAGGGGUCAUUUCCUCAAGUGUGGAAGGCGAAAAGCUGAGUGGAUCCUUGUUCUAAAGCACUCCCUCUCUACUGGUUGGCCAUGUGGGUUUAUUUUCUAUCUUUAUUGUGGUCCCUCUAUAAUUGCAGCUUGCCAGACCUGUAAAAAUAGUACCUCAUGCUCUCUGCAGGUCUAACUUGCAGCCAUCGGUGGCAGAAGCAACACAGGCAGCCUUCCAGUGGCAUGUUCCUACCUGUAACUCAGUGUGAAUGAUGGUUUAUUGAUAGUGAGGGGAUGGGGGGGGUGGAACCUGCCUGCCUCCCACACCCAUUGCUCUGUGCCAGAACAGCUUCAUGGGAGCUGGGAGCUGUGUCAGGGAUGUGAGAGGCAAAUUCUCCCCUCCUAGCCCAGGACAAGGGCCUGGCCUUUGAAAAGCUCAGACAUAGUGUAGCUUCGGAAAAAAAUGGGAAAUAGGUUGCCUUGGGGGUGUUUGGCUUGCAUAUUCAUGUGGCUUUUUUUUGUUUUGAGACCAAAAACUACUGGCUGGUCAGGGUGAAAGUCUUUCACAUCUAAAUGUGUGAUGGAAAUGCCUGUGGAAUAGGCUUGGAAGACAUGGAAACUUGCAACCUGCAUUUCUAUUCUUUGCAAGUUUACUCUGUAGGUCCUGAAACAUUGCCUACUAGAGAUUCUGGAAGAUUCCCUCCAAAAGAUGGAUUUCUAGCUGUUGACUAGAAAUCAGAUCACUUCUCAUUGGUAUAGAGGGGAAAAUAAUUCAUUUUCUUCUCUUAAAAAGCAAAUUGUUCUUAGCAUUGUUACAAUCAUAUUUAUCAGGGCAUUAUCCAAACUUUUCCUAUUUUCACAAGAAAUAUUUCUUUAUGAAGACCCCUGCCAGGGGGAGAGUGCUGGAGCUAGAUAACAAGCGAAGUCCAGCAAAAGUUGGAGCCUCUCUGCUCCUUUCCACAUUGAAUUUGCUCACCUCAGCUCUCUACUUUCCACACUGACGUACAUUCCUAGCCUCGCUAUUUCACGUGGAGUUGAUGGUAAAUAGUGUUACUCCAGGAAUCAUAUGAAGAAGGAAGGUGGGCUGCAGCCAGCAUAGCCAGGACAUAUAUAGACAUGAAGGAGAUAAAGCCACACAUUAUUUGCAAGCAGCAAUUUCUGAUAUCCAGUGGGUAGCUGCAGUGCAGCAAAUCCAUUCCUUGUCCACAGCCACUGAUAUCAACAGAUUUAAAUGCAAGAUGUGUUUGGCUCAGUGGGUGGAAUCGAACAUUUAUCUAAUCUGGUCUUUUUCAAAUGAGCGUCCAGGAUCACAGGUUGCAGAGAGAGGUCACUGUCCUCCCUGGACCUCCCAAGCAAGCUACAGGAACCUGGGGAGCAGGGUAGGGGCCUCAGCUCUCCCAGGUGACGUGAGAGAGGGCAGAGGGCCUCAUCCUUACCUCCUUCUCAUGCCUUUUAAUCAGCCAGAACUCAAACAAUCUUAUUGAGGACUGGGGUCAUUUUCAUUUCCUGGGUUGGAGGGUGGAGACUUGCCUGUAUUUUCCAGUUCUUUAGGAGGUGUGAAGACAACAGAUACAACACAAGAGACCCCAAAUGGAUCAUGCUGUAAAAAGAAAGGUAAGUUGUCUUACCUUAAGACUGCACCUUAGAAACAUAGCAAACUCAUAAUCCAAAAAGGCGUUUUUGUGCCAAAUUCUUCUAUGUAAGCAAUAAACCUGUUUCAUUCAUAAAUCAAAUAUUUGUGCAGGCUGCAUGUUUGUGCAAACUGAGCUUAUACACCAGUCACUAAAAUUAGUCUCCAGUUCUUUUGCAUCUCAGGAGACCUUGUUUCUAUUCUGCAUAAAUGGAAGCACUAAAAAUUAUGCCUGCAAUGUGGAUGUACACUUACAUUUGUUAGUCUAAGCUGAGAUUUAGAUAUAAGAAUACCUAGCUGGUGCCAGACAGUACCUAAUCUUAUACUAAGUCCUCCAAGGUACCAUAGGCAUGGAGUGCUAAUUCUCAGGCUAUGAAAGAUGAAAUUAAUUUCCUUUUCUUCUAUUAAUCAGAGGAGACCAGGUCAAGCAGUUAAUUCUCCACACCACUCUUGGCCCACAAGAGGCUGAGUGUGCAUCAACAAUGAGCAAGUCCAGCUCAUUUUGGAGCUCAGGAGAGACAGGAGUUUGCUUCCCACUGAUGGGAUGAUGAAUGCAAUGGAAAAUCCUGCUUGUUUCAGCCAGAGCUCCUGGAGGCAAAGGGACCGUGCUGCAGGAGGACCUCCAUGAGGAUUUCUUGGUUUUGGCCAUGCUCCAUCUUACCCCUCCUCUUUUCAGAAGUCAGAAUGGGACCUGUACAGUGUCCAGACGCCAGAACACCAUCCAGGAGCUUUUGCAAAACUGUUCGGAUUGCCUGAUGCGAGCUGAGCUCAUAGUACAACCCGAAUUGAAAUAUGGGGAUGGUGUCCAGAUUAGAGGGAACAGAGAUCUGGAAGAGUGUUUUGCACAGGCAAAUGACCAAAUGGAUAUCCUGGAUGGGCUGAUCAGAGAGAUGAGGCAGAUGGGCCAGCCCUGUGACAUGUAUCAAAAGAGGCUGCUUCAGCUUCAAGAGCAAAUGCGUGCCCUGUACAAAGCCAUCAGCGUUCCCCGUGCCAGGAGGGCCAGCUCCAAAGGCGGUGGUUGCUUCUCCUCUCAGAGUGGCUCAGGCUGGGAUGAAUACACAAAACGUGUCACAAGUGAAUGUCUAAACUGGAUGAGGCAGCAGAAGGCUGAAAUGGAGCUAGUGAAGUGGGGGUUUGAUGCAGCAUCCAUUGAGCAACAAAUAGGCGACCAUAGGAGAACUCACAAUGCCAUUGGAGACUAUCGUUGGCACUUGGACAAAGUCAAAACAGAUCUGCGGGAGAAGGCUGCGGUUCAUCAGCUGGAGGAAGAAUAUGAAGGCCUACUGAAAUACUCCUUUGAGAGAAUGGAUCAGCUUCGUCAAUUCCAGAACCUCAUUCAGGCCACCAGCAGAGAGAUCAUGUGGAUCAAUGACUGUGAGGAGGAGGAGCUUCUCUAUGACUGGAGUGACAGGAACACUGAUAUUGCCAGGAAGCAGGAGUCCUUCUCUAAACGCAUGAGUGAACUGGAGCUGAAAGAAAAAGAACUCAACAAGCUAAAGCAAGAAAGUGACCAGCUAGUGCUCAACCAGCAUCCUGCUUCAGACAAGAUCGAGGCCUACAUGGAUACAUUGCAAACUCAGUGGAGCUGGAUUCUUCAAAUCACCAAAUGUAUUGAUGUUCAUCUGAAAGAGAAUGCAGCUUACUUUCAGUUCUUUGAAGAGGCCCAAGCCACAGAGUGCUACCUGAAAAACUUACAAGACUCCAUCAGAAAGAAGUUCAUCUGUGAUAAGAGCAUGUCACUGCAGUCUUUGCUGGAGCAGAUCAAGGAGCUGGAGAAUGAACGAGAGAGAAUUCUUGAAUAUAAGAGGCAAGUGCAGAGUUUGGUGAACAAAUCCAAGAAGAUUGUGCAGCUGAAGCCACGUAACCCAGACUACCGGAGUAACAAGCCCAUUAUCCUCAAGGCUCUGUGUGACUACAAACAGGAUCUGAAAACAGUGCGCAAAGGAGAUGAAUGUAUCCUGAAGGACAAUAAUGAGCGCAGCAAGUGGCUGGUGACUGGCCCUGGAGGAGUGGAUAUGCUGGUGCCAUCUGUCAGUCUUAUCAUCCCACCCCCCAAUCCAUUAGCAGUCGAUCUUGCUACAAAAAUUGAGCAAUACUACGAAGCUAUUUUAGCUUUGUGGAACCAACUGUAUAUCAACAUGAAGAGCCUGGUGUCUUGGCACUAUUGCAUGAUCGACAUUGAGAAGAUCAGAGCGAUGACUAUUGCCAAGCUGAAAACAAUGCGUAAGGAAGAUUACCAGAAAAUAAUAACUGACCUGGAGAUCCAUUAUCAAGAGUUCCUCAGGAAUAGCCAAGGCUCAGAGAUGUUUGGUGAUGAAGACAAACGAAAGAUCCAGACCCAGUUCACUGAUGCUCAGAAGCACUACCAAACCUUGAUUAUACAACUGCCUAAUCAACCACGACAGCCACAAACAGUGGUCCCAACUGAGUCCUGUCCUGUGGGUUCCUCAAACACCGUUAUCAUUAAUGAGAGAAACCGAGAGCAUGAGAAGCAGGAGGCCUGGCUGCUGAUGGAGCUUCAGAAACUUCGGCGUCAGAUUGAAGCUUCUGAGAUUCAGAUGGUUCAAAGAGCUCCUCUGGGAGUGGAUCAAGGGGCUAUGCAUGACUUUUCAGUCAGAAUAAAGGAUUUAGAGGGUGUGCAGAAUGACUCUCAAAUAAUGGCUGAAACCCUCAAUAAGCAUAAGGACUUGCUGCCUAACUUCAGAGGCUCUGAAAAAUAUGUGUACUUGCAAUCAGAGAUAAAUGCUCUAUUUCAGAAGCUGGAAAAUAUUAAUGGUGUUUCUGCUGGCUACUUAGACAGCUUGAAUGCACUGAGGUGUCUGCUCCAGGUUAUUCUACAAACAGAAGACGUGAUCAGAGUUUUUGAAGUCAGGCUGUCUGAAGAAGAGACUAUUCCUUUGGAUCUUGAUAAAGUAGAGGCUUAUCGGGCUUGUCUGAAGAAAAUGAAAGCAGACCUAAAUAUGAAGAAGUCACUACUGAAUACCUUGGAAAAUGAGCUGCAGAGAACACUUCAGAUUCACUCACAGUCUUGCCAGUCAUAUACUCUGUAUGACAUGGACAUUGGAAAGUACUGUGACAAAGUUACCCAGCUAAUAGACCGCUGGCAGAGAGCUGAUAAGCAGAUAGAUAACAGAUCGUGGGAUUUAGAAAGGCAGAUCAAACAGCUGAAAACUUACCGAGAUCUCUACCAGGCUCUGUGCAAAUGGAUCUGUGAUGCCAAGCGCCGGCAGGAUUCUAUUGAGUCCAUGAAGCUGUGCGAUUCCAACACUAUCAUGAGAUAUCUACAUGAUCAGAAGAACUUGCACAGUGAAAUCUGUGGGAAGCGAGACAAAGUUGAGGAGCUUCUCAAGCAUGCAGAUCAGUGCUCAGCUGCAAUUAAGGACUAUGAACUACAGGUUGCUUCCUAUAGUUCGGGAUUAGAAACGUUGCUCAACAUACCUAUCAAGAAGAGUGUGGUUCAGUCUCCUGCAGUGCUGAUUCUACAAGAGGCUAACGAGGCUCAGUCUCGUUAUAUAGAGCUUCUUACAAGAUCAGGAGAUUAUUACAGAUUCUUGAGUGAAAUGUUAAAGAGUAUGGAGGACUUAAAGAUGAAAAACACCAAAAUUGAACUCCUGGAAGAAGAACUCAGGCUUGCUAGGGAUUCAAAUUCAGAGACAAGCAACAAACAUAAAUUCCUGGAGCAAAAUCUGCAGAAGUACCAGAUGGAUAUUUCUCAGCUCAAGGCAAAGCUGAUGAGUUUGGAGGAGAUGAAAAGACAAGCUGAAAUGGAUGGAAAUUCUGCUAAGCAAAACCUAGACAAAUGCUAUGCCCAAAUAAAGGAUCUAAAUGACAGAAUAACCAGGUUGACUUAUGAGAUUGAAGAUGAGAAAAGGAAAAGGAAGUUGCUGGAGGAUAGAUAUGAGCAGCAGAAGAAUGACUAUGACCAGCUGCAAAAAACAAGACAAAAUGAGAAAGACAGCCUUGGCUGGCAAAAGUUAGAGUCUGAGAAGGUCAUCAAGGAGAAGGAGUACGAGAUAGAAAGAUUAAGGGUUCUUCUUCAGGACGAAGGCACACGGAAGAGGGAAUAUGAAAAUGAGCUGGCUAAGGUAAGAAACCAGUUUAGCGAGGAGAUGAGUAAUUUAAAGAACAAGUAUGAAACAGAAAUUAAUAUUAAGAAGACCACAAUCCAGCAGAUAGCUGCACAGAAAGAUGAUGAUGCCAAAGGCCUCAGAGCCCAGGUUGACAGACUGACAAGAGAAAACAGAGACCUUAAGGAUGAGAUUGUGAGGCUGAAUGAUGCCAUUCUGCAAACGACAGAUCAACGGCGCAGGGCAGAAGAAGAUGCUCUUCAGCAGAAGGCUUGCAGUUCUGAGGUGUCACAGCAAAAGCAUCAGUUAGAGCUGGAGCUGAAACAGAUCAUUCAGCUUCGUGGCGAAGAUAACUCAAGAUACAAGCAGGCUCUUGAGGAGGCUGCCUCAACUAUUCAGGAUAAAACUAAGGAGCUGGAAAGGCUAAAGCUUCAGCUUCAGGAAGAGGCUAAAAGCCGAUGGGAACUUGAAAAUGAAUUGGCUAAGGUAAGAAACAGUUAUGAUGAGGAAAUUAUUAGUUUAAAGAACAAAUAUGAAACUGAGAUUAAUAUCACAAAGAACACAAUUCACCAGGUCACCAUGCAAAAGGAAGAGGAGACAAAUAAUUAUAGAACACAGCUUGAUAAUGCCAUGAGAGAAAAUAGGAAUUUGUGUGAGGAAAUUAGGAGACUGAAGAAUACAAUAAGUCAGACAACAGAUAAUCUACGGAAAAUAGAAGAGAAUGCUCAGCAGCAGAAGGCAGCUGGCUCAGAGCUUUCUCAGAAGAAACAGCAGCUGGAGAUUGAGCUAAAACAAGUUAUUCAGAGGCAUUCUGAUGAAAGCAUGCGGUACAAGCAGUCACUUGAUGAUGCUUCUAAGACCAUUAAGGAAAGAAACAAGGAGAUUGAAAGGCUGAGAAAGUUGUUGGAUGUAGAAACAAGUCAGAGGAAAGAAGUGGAGGAUGAGAACAGUCAGUUAAAAAGAGUCCAGUUUGACCUGCAGAAAGCAAACACAAGUGCUACUGAGACAAUUAGCAAGCUGAGGAUCCAAGAGCAGGAACUGGCCAGACUGAAAAUUGACUAUGAAAGAGUUUCACAGGAGAAAAAAGGCAGGGAUCAAGAAAGUGCAAAGUUCCAGAGCACUGUGAAAGACUUGCAGAUCCAGAAACAUAAGCUGGAGGAGGAACUUUGCAGACAGAAUAAAAAUUUAAUGGAGGAGACGUCCAGGAGGAAGAAACUAGAGGAGGAAAUAGAAGGCAUGAGGAGAUCUCUCAGAGACCAAUCAGUUAAAAUAACUAAUCUCACACAGCAGAUAGAGGAAGUAUCUAUUGUAAAGAAGAGAAAUGAAGAUGACCUUAGACACCAAAGAGAAGUAUUAGAUGGUCAUGUGAGAGAGAAGCAAAGAUACAUGGAGGAGAUAAGAAAAUACACAUCCGAUAUUGAGACUUUACGUCGUCAGUUGGUCCAAGAACAAGAGCAAUUGAAACAAGCUCACCUACGAUAUGAGCACUUACAGAAAACCUCUGAGGAAAAAAGCAAAGCCUUGAAUGAGUGCAAAAUAGAAAUUGAAAGGCUUCAAUCUCUCACCGAGAACCUAACGAAGGAACACUUGUUACUGGAGGAAGAGCUGCGAAAUGUUAGAUUGGAGUACGAUGAUCUCAGAAUGGUCAGAAAUGAAGUUGAUGAGAAAAAUACCACCAUUGCUGAACUAAAGAAUCAGCUUCAAAUGAGCAGCAAGCAAACCCUGGAACUUCAGGGGUUGAUUAAUGAUUUACAGAAAGAAAGGGAAAAAUUGAGACAGGAAAUUGAAAAAUUCCAAAAGCAAGCUCUAGAGGCAUCCAAUAGGAUCCAAGAAUCCAAAAAUCAGUAUAGUCACAUUAUGCAAGAAAGAGAAACCCUGCUGAUAAAAAUGAGCGCUUUGGAGCAAGACAAAGCCAGGCUGCAGAGAUUAGAAGAGGAGCUGAACCGUUUGAAAGUUACCCUGGAAUCAGAGUCACGUUUGAAGCAGCGCCUGGAAAGUGAGAAGCAACAAAUACUGAAUGACCUCAAUCAAUGGAAGAGCCAACACUCCCGAACAGAGGAAUCAAUAAGGAAGAUCCAAUGUGAAAGAGAGAAGAGUGAGAGGGAGAAGAAUAGCCUGAGGAGUGAGAUUGAAAGGCUGCAGAUGGAAAUCAAACGGAUUGAGGAGAGAUAUCGGUGCAGACUGGAAGAGACUGCUGUCAAAAACCAGUCGGAGCUGGAGUCCGAGCGUCUCAGGCUGCAAAGAGAGAUUGAGAAACUGAAGCAACGCCCAUAUGGUUCUCACAGAUCUACACAGACAGAGGAAGACUUUUGUAUUGAUGCCUCCAAGCUGCUGUUCAGUGGGCUGCGGAAGAAGAUUACAGCCAUGCAGCUGUAUGAGUGUCAGCUGAUAGACAAACUCACGCUGGAUAAACUGCUGAAGGGGCAGAGGUCAGUGGAAGAAGUCGCAGCUGACAUUGAGCCCUACCUCAAAGGGGCAGGUGCUAUUGCAGGGGUGUCACUUUCACCCAGACAGAAGUACUCAUUCGUGGAGGCCAAACGGAACCAGCUGCUUACAGCAGAAAAUGCAGUCCUGCUCUUAGAAGCCCAGGCAGCAACAGGAGGUGUGAUAGACCCGCACCGGAAUGAGAUGUUAACCGUGGACAGUGCUAUUGCCAGAGAUCUGAUCGACUUUGAUGACAGAGAACAAAUCUAUACAGCAGAAAAGGCUAUUACAGGAUUUAAAGAUCCUUUCUCAGGCAAAACCGUGCCAGUAUCUGAAGCCAUCAAGAAAAAUUUGGUUGACAGAGAAACUGGGAUUCGUCUGCUGGAAGCCCAGCUGGCUGUAGGAGGGAUUGUUGAUCCUGUCAACAGUGUUUUCCUACCCAAAGAUAUAGCUUUAUCUCGUGGGUUGAUUGACAAAGACCUGUACAGGUUGCUGAGCAACUGCCAAGGCAAUGCAAAGAACUUCAUUGAUCCCACCACCAAAAAGGCAGUCACUUACAUGCAGCUGAAGGAAAAAUGCAGGAUUGAACCACACACUGGUCUGCUCCUCCUUCCAGUGCAGAAGAGGAGUAUGUCCUUCCAAGGGAUCAGGCAGCCUGUCUCAGCAGAUGCACUGCUUGAGGCUGGAAUAAUUAAGGAAUCAACAAGGAACGACUUGGAAAGAGGUGCAAUUACAGUGGAAGAAGUGAGCGAGAGAAUUAUUGAUUUCCUUCAGGGCUCUAGCUGUAUUGCUGGUAUCUAUAAUGAGGCUACUAAAGAGAAACUUGGCAUUUACCAGGCUAUGAAAAUAGGUUUGGUUAGGCCGGGGACAGCCCUUGAACUCCUAGAAGCCCAGGCAGCCACAGGGUUCAUAGUGGAUCCUGUCAGCAACGUGAGGCUGCCCGUUGAGGAAGCUUACAAAAGAGGCCUUGUUGGCAUUGAAUUUAAAGAGAAACUCCUCUCUGCUGAAAGAGCUGUCACUGGGUACAAAGACCCAGAAACUGGAAACAUCAUUUCUCUGUUCCAAGCAAUGAACAAAGAGCUCAUAGAGAGAGGCCAUGGCAUUCGUCUGCUGGAGGCCCAGAUUGCUACUGGAGGAAUCAUUGACCCCAAAGAGAGCUACCGCUUGCCAGUAGAGACGGCCUACAAACGCGGCUACUUCAAUGAAGAGCUCAACCAGAUCCUUAGUGAUCCAAGUGAUGACACCAAAGGGUUCUUUGAUCCCAACACAGAGGAAAACUUGACCUACUUGCAACUGAAAGAAAGAUGCAUAAAGGAUGAUGCAACAGGGCUCUGCCUUCUACCCCUGAGAGAGAAGAAGAAGGUGGUGCACACCUCACAGAAGAACACCCUUAGGAAGCGCAGGGUUGUCAUUGUAGAUCCAGAAACAAACAGGGAAAUGUCCGUGCAAGAGGCGUACAGUAAAGGCCUCAUUGAUUAUGACACCUAUACAGAACUAGCUGAACAGGAGUGUGAGUGGGAAGAAAUAACUAUUACAGGAUCAGAUGGCAGCAGCAGAGUAGUCCUUGUUGACAGAAAAACAGGUAGCCAGUAUGACAUCCAAGAUGCUAUUGAUAAAGGUCUGGUGGAGAGGAAGUUUUUUGACCAGUACCGUUCUGGCAGUUUAAGCCUGACGCAGUUUGCAGACAUGAUUUCCUGCCGUAACGGCACUGAUGAGGUGUUCCGGCAUGAGUCCGUGACUCGGUCUCCCACAGUGCUGAGUGUCAGGAGUUCUUCUUCGCUGAUCAGGAGUGGUUCUUUCUCAGAGACCCCGGAUGAGUGCAGCCCUAUCGCAGCCAUAUUUGACACAGAAAACCUGGAGAAAAUCUCCAUUUCAGAAGCUAUACAGCGGGGCAUUGUGGAUAGCAUCACCGGGCAGCGGUUACUCGAAGCCCAGGCCUGCACAGGGGGCAUAAUAUGCCCUACUACCGGCCAGAGGCUUUCGCUUCAGGAAGCCACUGCUCAAGGCAUCAUUGAUCAGGAUAUGGCCACACGUCUCAAGCCAGCCCAGAAGGCCUUCAUAGGGUUUGAAGGCAUAAAGGGCGGACGGAAGAGGAUGUCUGCAGCUGAAGCAGUGAAGGAAAAAUGGCUGCCUUAUGAGGCCGGGCAGCGGUUCCUUGAAUUCCAGUACCUCACUGGAGGUCUUGUGGACCCAGAAGUGCGUGGAAGAAUAAGUAUUGAAGAAGCCAUUAGAAACGGAUUGAUUGACGGUCGCGCUGCCCAGAAAUUACAAGACACCAACAGCUAUCCCAAAAUUCUGACCUGCCCCAAGACCAAGCUGAAAAUAUCCUACAAAGAUGCAAUGAAUCGGUCAAUGGUGGAAGACAUCACAGGGCUUAAACUCUUGGAAGCAGCCUCUGUUUCCUCUAAAGGCAUAUCCAGUCCCUACAAUGUCUCCUCUGCACCCGGCUCUCGCUCUGGCUCUCGCUCUGGCUCACGUUCAGGCUCACGCAGUGGGUCUAGGAGGGGAAGCUUCGAUGCAUCAUCAAGCUCUUCAUAUUCUUAUUCAUAUUCAGCCUUCAGCAGUGGGUCUAUUGGGCGCUAACAGGGGAUGUGUCUGCAUUUUAUUGUCUUUUAGAUUAUUCUCUCACUCCUUUCCUAAAAGAAAAAAAAACAUCAACAAAGUAACCCAAAGCAAAGCCUUGAACUUCUUCUUCUGAAAAAGCUGUAAAAUGCUUGAAUGCAAACUUGCAAAUUAGGGAAUGCAAAAGUAAUAUUUGUGAAUUUUGAGUUUCAGUUCCAUUUCCUUUUAGUGUUUGGAUUUUAAUAGGUCUCUGUAUAUUUUAAAUACUGUGUUGUGUCUUUUCCUGUUAUCCAUAACUGUCAACCCAUAAGGUGAUAACUGAGGUUUGAAAGUCUUGCAGUAGUUAACUUUUUUCCCACAUAGACCUUUUUCAAUUUGCUAUUAUGAAGAAAAACAUAUUAACAACAUGAACAGAAAAUGCCCUUAAUAUUGGUUUAGAAUCUAUACCAUAAACAUGAAGCUGUCUUUCAGAUGCUCUACUUCUUUAUGUUUGGCUAGUCAUUUUCUGAAGUAUAGCUUGGUGAAUAUAAAGGGCUAUUAUUGGGCUGGGCUUUUGUUUUACUGUUACCCAUAUACCUUUUCUACUGUUUUGCUUGAUUUCCCUGUAACGAAAAAAACAAUAAAAAGUAAAUGCACCAUGUGACCUAUUCUGGGCAAUAAACUUCUGAAGUUUUAAAGUA